ACCAGAUAGCUAGGUCUUGGCAAGAUUCAAAAAAAAAGAGGAUUGGCGGCGUCGGCAUGAGCCACCUCCACCCCGACGAGGGUGGCGCCGGGAUGCCCUCCCGCCUCCGCUCCCAGAUCCACGCGGGCGACGAGCGAUCCGGACUGGCCCACCCACGCACCACGCGCCUCCGUCCCCAGAUCCACGCCAAUGAGGAUGGCGCCGGAGUGACCUCCCAUCGCCGCGGUAAGCGCCUCCGUCCCCAGACCCGUGCCAGCAAGGACGGCGACGACAUGUCCGGCCGCCGCGGCACCUCGCCGGAGCAGCCUGCCUCCCUGCCGGACAACCAAGAUAUGCUCUGGGAGAUCCUUCUCCGCCUUCCCCAGGACCUAUACUCGCUUCACCGCGCCUCCGCCGUCUGCAAGCAGUGGCGAGGCAUCCUUGUCGACCCCAGGUUCCUCUGUCUGUUCCAUGCGCACCACCGCAAGCCACCCCUCCUCGGCUUCUUCCAUUACAGCAGCAAACAGAUAGUGUUCAAGCCCGUCCUGGCCCCUCCAGACUGCAUCACCCCUGGGCGCUUCUCCCUUGGGCACUACAGCAACCACAUUCUGCUUGAUUCACGCCACGGCCGCGUCCUCGUCAAAGGCUUGCAGCUUGGAGAGGUCGCUGUGUGUGACCCUAUCACCAGCAAACAUCACCGCGUGUCCAUUCCGCCCGAGUUCAACGGGCGCCUCUUUAAGGCAGCAGUGCUUUGUGCUGCUAGCAACCAGGGCCAUGUGCACGGCGGCUGCCACUUGUGCCCCUUCAAGGUGGUCUUGGUAAUGAUAUACAGUGAGGGCCAACCUAUUGCCUCCGUUUACUCCUCAGAGACUGCCACAUGGAGUGGUCUCAUCUCUACAGAGCCUCCACAUGAUGGGUGUUUUCUUAAUGGUCGUGGCACCCUUGUUGGUAAUGUUCUUUACUGGCCAUUAAAUAUGCGAGGACACAACAUACUUGAGUUUGAUUUGGACACACAGAAUCUUACUGUGAUUAAGGGGCCUCCUGACAUGCAUAUGAUUGAUUUACAUAACUUUCAUAUUAUUGAGGCAGAGGAUGGCGCUGUUGGUCUUGCUAGAGUGUCUUGCCUUAAGCUUCUAUUGUGGCAGAGGAAGAUUGAUUGUCAGGGUAUUCCCAUAUGGUUUUUGUGGAAGACCAUUUCAUGGCGUAAACUUCUUAAAAUCACUAAGAAAAGGCAAUGGCUCAAAGUGGUAGGGUAUGAUGAGGAUAAUAAUGUAAUCUUAUUUGAUGUGCACGAUGUUAUCUAUAUGGUUCAGCCCAAGUCAAUGCAAGCCAGAAAACUUGAUGGAACCCGCUUUACAUGUCGCUGCUAUACUUUCACAAGUUUCUAUCCACUAGGCACAAGCAUUGACGAUGGAACUAAUGGAGCUGAAAUGUCAGGAUGACUCUGGUUUGAUGUGCUAAUGUGCUGAAAUGGUUCAAGGGGUGAAGAAAGGAUUGUUGCGGUUUUAGUUGUCACUAUGUUCACCAGUGUUUAUAUUUUACCUAAAAGGAAAAAUCAGCCAACUGUGCCUUAAUCUUGCCAAGUCUCUAACGUAGGAAGAUGCUUUUGAAUACAUAAUCCAGGGAAUUUGAGCUUACCCUAUUAUUAUAAUACUCUAGUCCGAUUCCA